CGAGCGCGAGAGCGAGAGAUUGUACUCAAUUGUGAUAAUUACUAUUGAUAAAACUUGUAAAAAUGUCAUAUCAUUUCAUCACUCAGUCGUGUUCGUGCGCGCGUGCUCCCCCCCACCCCUCUCUGUCACGUCAGUGCUGCGCCGGCUCCGGGUAAGUGCCACAAUAAUUGGUGUAGGUAAAUUUACAGAGAGAUCAUUAUUGUUUUCUGGAGCGGUGAUUGAAAGGCAUGAGCAGAGCGGACUCCCGAUUGGACACAGUAUGCACUAGGGUAUAGAAGACAUAGUUUCAUAAACGCUGCGCAUGGCGUGAGUAAGACGCAACUUGGGAUUUGUUUGUGCGGCUGGGUUUGUUCGUGCUUACUGACGUGUUAAUUGUUUGUUUAAGUGUUGGACCUCUUCAUCAUGGGGUUGUCCGACAGCUUGGACAGUGUUGGAGAUGAGCUAGCUCUUCAUCUGCUCAAUGACUCGCUUUUGAGCCGAAAUAUGAGCGAUUUGGACGAAGAGGAUGACCUUCUGUCAACAGGAGUUAAGACCACUGUGGUUGCGCUUUACUGCGUCGUGUGUGUGGUGGGACUUGUGGGGAACUGCCUGGUCAUGUAUGUGAUCAUCAGGUAUACAAAGAUGAAGACAGCCACCAACAUCUAUAUCUUUAACCUGGCGCUGGCUGAUGCCCUGGUUCUGGCCACUCUACCUUUCCAAGGCACAGAUGUUCUACUAGGCUACUGGCCCUUUGGCUUGGCCCUGUGCAAGAUGGUGGUGGCCAUUGACUAUUACAACAUGUUUACCAGCAUCUUCACUCUGACCAUUAUGAGUGUGAACCGUUACAUCGCUGUGUGCCACCCAGUGCACUCGCUGGCAGUGCGUAUGCCCCAAAGAGCCAAGCUGGUCAAUGUGGCAGUAUGGGUACUGGCUUCUGCCAUAGGAGUACCUGUUAUGAUCAUGGGACAAGUGGAAGUCGAGUCCAAUAUUGAGUGUAUGGUGGUGCUUCCUGAUCCUCGAAGCUACUCUGAGCCUGUAUUCGGCAUCUGUGUGUUCCUUUUCUCUUUUCUAAUUCCAGUGGUUAUCAUUAGCGUCUGUUACGGCUUGAUGGUGCGACGGCUGCGUAGCGUACGUCUCCUCUCCGGCUCCCGCAGCAAGGACAGGAACUUGCGAAGGAUCUCGCAGAUGGUGCUGGCUGUGGUGGCUGCAUUUGUGCUCUGUUGGAUGCCUGUUCAGGUCCUCACUCUGGUUCAGACCUUGAGGAAGGUGAACCUGGGAGGCAGCCAGACCACUGUAGCAGCAAUGCACUUCUGCAUUGCACUGGGUUAUGCUAAUAGCAGUCUCAACCCUGUGCUCUAUGCCUUCCUGGAUGAAAAUUUUAAACGGUGCUUCCGUGAGUUCUGUGUGCAAACCAACACAGAUGUGGAACUGGAACCACAACAGAGAAAAUCAGUGAGAAAGGAGGAACCAGAGGAACAAGAGUUCAUAGGAAAUGGAGUGGUUAAUGAAGCUGGUGCCAUUCCCAGGUGUGAGGAGUAGAACUGUAAAAUGGGCUUGACAAUAAAGGUGCUCUAUGUGAAUGCUCAUAGCCUUGAACCAUUCUAUGGAUUGAGCUUUUGCUGUAAAAGUAGCUUACUGGAAAAUUCUGUUGCAAUUUAACCAUCUGUGCUUUCCUGUGUUGUUUAGCUAUGGGACUAAACAACAGUAAACUGUCUCAUGGCUUCGGACAAAGGGGCUUAUUCUAUGUCUUUUUAUACCAAAAUCAUUUAAUCACCAAUUUACACAAACUGAUCAUUCUUUGUUUUAUAUAUAAUAGCACAAGUAGGUAUACAGUUACUUACUGAUCUGUUCUUAUGCACAAUUUAUCAACCUCUACCUAAUCCAUCAAGCAAAAAUAUAACAAAUGAAGGGCUAGAGGAUGAGUAAUGCAAUUUAGGCAUGGACAAAACAUCUAUAGUUAAAUAAUAUCAAGGUAGAGGGGUUCUAACAAAGUUGGUAUUUUUACAUUUACAACAUAUAUAGUAUAUGGUAUUAUGUAA